AUGGACUUCCCUCGGAGCCGCAUAAAAUAUAGCGCGAAACAAAUGGUAAAGAAUCCACUCGCGAGAGAGAGAGGCAGUGGUAUAAGAGUGGGCAGCCAAUCCAUGGAUGAAUCGAAAUUUCCUUGCAGCGAUAGCGCUCGCGAUUGGUAUCGACGGCAACGACGACGACGACAACGACGACGACGAUUUCUGGAAGCAGCAGGGAGCAGCAAUUGCCGGCUCCAACAAGACAAGCCCCGCUGGAAUUGGCGGCGCCGCGUUCAAUUCUUCGUCUCCUUCAUGGCUAUCGCUCAAAAAUCUCCACCACCGCCGCUCUCUACUCAGACAACCAGCCCAAGAAAUCUUGCUUGUCCCACAUGUUUGGAGCCACUCAGCCGGCAUGGACCCCAAGGAUUUAAUCGCGCAGCAAUCGCCAAGUCAAUCUUGCGGUGCCAAACUUGCGGCAAGGACUUUCCCAGCGAUGGAACUUUCAUCGAUUUGACGCUGGGUGCCAAUCGCAGCACUUGGCAGGAGACGCUUCCAAUUGGAGUGAGGCUCUUCAGGACGAAAUGGAUCUCUCUCAUCUACGAGGAGAACUGGCGCAAGAGCUUCGAGAAGUUUGGGUUCCCCGGUCCCGACAGAGAGGUUGCUUCUCCAUUCUCUCCAACUCGCAGCGAUCGUCUCGACUCACUCUUUGUUCUUCAGGUGGAGCUGGCCGAAACUUUCCUCCAAACUGCUGUUGAUCCCUCCAGACCUGACGAAGAGAAUCUGCUCGUCGACAUCAGCUGUGGCACCGGCCUCCACUCUCGACGGUUUGCAAAGUCCGCUACCUUCACCGCCGUGGUUGCGGCAGACUUCUCCGAGGCAAUGCUGAUCCAGUGCCAUGCGUUGCUCAACGAGAAGCAAUCUCCAUGGAACGAGAAAGUCGUUCUCGUCAGAGCCGAUGCAUCGAGGCUUCCUUUCGCAUCGGGCAGCAUCUCGGCCGUCUAUUCAGGAGCUGCAUUGCACUGCUGGGAGUCGCCAUCAAUAGCAAUUGCAGAGAUCUGUCGUGUUCUUCGUCCUGGAGGAGUCCUGGUUGCGACCACAUUCCUUCCCAGAUGGAAAUCCAAGCUGCAAACAACGCAGAAGUUUAUGAGACUGGCUGCAGAGAAGAUCUUCGGCACCAAAAUUUUUUUCUUUGAGGAUGAACUGGACGAGCUGUUCGAGACGAGCGGCCUGGUCAGUUAUCAGAAAAUCAAAAUUGACUCUUACAUUAUGGUCUGCGCUCGCAAGAAGCAAGUCCCUGCAAGCAACUAUGGCGUAAAGUGAAACACUCCCCAAGAAAAAUGACGAGAGAAAAGAGGAAGGAACUCGAUAGCAACGACACUGAAUUGAUUGAGGGAGAGAGAGAGGAGAUCAGAGCAUUUUAUGGAAAGGAGAGCGCUUAGAUAGAUUCUCUCGAUUUAUGGACGCUUCUGGAGCUGCUUCAAAGCUUUGGGAGUUACUGACAGACAGCGAUGUGCGCUCGGGGAUCAAAUAAUCGGGCCCCAGUUUUGAGAA